AUGAGUGAGAUACUCUUUCUGUGUGGAAGUAAUGAAAAAGCUGUAAUAACAUCGCUCAAUGUUCUUGAUGGUGACAUUGAGGGGUCCGUUGAAUGCCCCGCGGACGAGGUUAUUGCAAAAGCACUUGAAGAUCUUUCAAUUGAUUCUGGCUCUGACUUGCAGAAGGUUCUGAGAGUUCACACAUACACUUCGCGCUCAAGUGCAUUUCAGAAGCUUCAAGCAAUGCUCCCUGCUUUUCGUAGUCGUAUGGGAGCGUUACUUUUUCUAAUAUCUGCCUUGCUUUCUCGAGGACUGGAAAACGUUCAAGCAGAUAGGGAUGACCCCAGUCAACCAUUGGUAACUGCUCCAUUUGGGCAUGCAUCACAGGAAAUCGUAAACCUACUGCUUUCUGGAAAUGCUGCUGCUAAUGUGUUUGAUGGGAAGAUGGAUUUAGGAGGUGGCAUGUUUGUGAAUGGCAUCUCUACACCCGUGGAAGUUGGAUUCCUCACUCUGCUAGAGUCCCUCAAUUUUUGUAAGGUUGGCCAGUAUCUGAAAUGUCCAAGGUGGCCAAUAUGGGUAGUGGGAAGUGAAUCUCAUUAUACGGUGUUAUUUGCUCUUGAUACUAAAGUCCAGGAUGAAAAUGAACUUGAAAGUAGAGAAUCACAAAUCCGGAGAGCAUUUGAUGCCCAAGACCAAAGUGGAGGUGGUGGGUUCAUUAGCGUGGAAGGCUUCCAUCAAGUCCUAAAGGAAACAAACAUUAACCUUCCGUCCGAGAAGCUUGAGCAUCUUUGCGGCACGGGUUUCAUUGUUUGGAGUGAAUUUUGGCAGGUUCUUUUGGAUUUAGAUAAGAGUUUAGGUGGUGUGAAGGAUUCAACAGGAUUGAUGGGUAAGAAGGUCUUUGAUCUUUAUCACUUUAAUGGGAUAGCAAAAUCAAUUGUGAACGGCAGCCAGGCAUUGUCUGGAACUGAAAAUCCGAUACAACGACCUAGACUGACAAAAUUGAGAGUUUCAGUUCCCCCAAGGUGGACACCAGAGGAAUUCAUGGCAGAUGCAUCAGGGCCUUCUGGCGAGAAACAGAAUUCAGUUGAAGUAUCUAAACCUGAGCCGCCUCAGCAUGCACCAUUGGUCGAUUGCAUUAGAACUCGUUGGAAUCGUGCGGUUUGCAAUUGGGAAGGGGACGCACCAAGUAUUGUCUGA